CUCAUUGUUCAUUUUUUGAACAUAUUUGCUUAUUAGUGAGGUUGAUACGAACACGUCCGUCUUUGAAGAAACGCAAGCCUCCUUCGUCAUAACUCUAAACUUCUGACUUUCUCCAUCGGACCUCCCACCUUCCACCUCGUCUUCGACUUAUUCUCGUGCUUCGUCACAUAAGACCGACCCCUCCUUGGACGAACUCCAUCGGACAAGUAUUACAAUCAUGGCGGAACACAACAUUGUUGUUUUUGCGGGCGACCACUGCGGCCCAGAGGUUAUUGCUGAGGCAAUCAAGGUUAUCAAGACGGUUGAGGAGCUAAGCCCGACUGCUGGCAAAUUCAAUCUGCAGGAGCACCUGCUCGGAGGGUGCUCCAUCGACCAGACCGGCACCCCCCUCACAGACGAGGCCCUCGCCGCCGCCAAAGCCGCCGACGCCGUGCUGCUCGGCGCCAUUGGCGGCCCCAAAUGGGGCACCGGCGCCGUCCGCCCGGAGCAGGGCCUCCUGAAGCUACGCAGUGAGAUGUGCGCCUAUGGAAACCUCCGUCCCUGCUUCUUCGCCUCCGACGCCCUCGUCGAGUCCUCCCCCCUGAAGGCGUCCGUCUGCCGCGGCAUCGACAUGAUGUUAGUCCGGGAGCUAACCUCAGGCCUGUAUUUCGGAGAGCGAAAAGAGUACGAUGGGCAUAAUGCGUUCGACACUACUGUUUACACAAAACCAGAAAUCGAGCGUAUCGCGCGGCUAGGUGGCUACCUAGCCAGGACUAGGGGAGACUCGCGAGUCAUCUCGCUAGACAAGGCGAACGUGCUAGCGACAAGCAGACUCUGGCGUCAGGUGGUUGAGGAGGUCUACAAAAACGAGUUCCCCGAUUUAAAGAUCGAGCAUCAGCUUAUUGACAGUGCGGCCAUGAUCAUGGUCAAGAACCCGACGCAGCUGAAUGGCGUUAUACUAGCGCCCAACUUGGCAGGUAGCGCGCCGGACAUAUCAGGGAAAGGGAUUGUCAAUCCCAUUGGCACCAUUCUUUCCGUAGCCAUGAUGUUCCGGUACUCUCUGAAUCUCGCCCACGAGGCUAAAGUCGUCGAGGACGCGGUUCGCGCUGCCAUUGACGCCGGGCUGAGAACCAAGGACAUGGGCGGCAGCACGGGCACCGCAGAAGCAGGAGAUGUCAUCGUUGCUGAGCUGGUCAAGAUUCUCAAGGCGUGAGAUGUCUCACGCGAAAAGAAGAAUGGACAGAGAGGUUGAAAGGGGGAAAUGGGGAUAGAGGGGGUGGAAGAUUUGAAGGAAAUAGUGGAUGGGAAGCGAAAUGAGUCGAGAAAAGAAGUGGUGGAAGAAAAUAGUGGUUGACAGAAAAGUGGUUGAGAAGAGAUUGGUUGACGCUGAAAAGUGUUGAUGAAAAAAGGGCUUGGCAGAAAAGGGGCAGACAAAAAUCAGCUGCGAGGUUGAAGCCGUCUGAGAAAUGACAAAGAGGGUUGAAAAGAAAACUUGGAAUUAAAAACUAUGCAGAAACAGGGAAGUGGAGGGGAAAUGUACCCCGUACAAAGCAACAAGAUGGUUGGAUUGGGUUGUUUUGGAUAAACCAGUUCGAUGGAUAUGUCCUUUAGCAUAUAGCACUCAGAAAAGGGGGGUUGAGAAAAAAAAGUCAUUAUCGC